AUGGCUGCUUAUGGAGCUCUGCUUUCUCUUAUGCAUAUCAUAGAUACCCUCGACAAACAUCCUUCUCCUCCCAUUUCUAUCAACCAAAAACAUGUUCAAUCCCUCACUCAAAACAUUACCUUCUUCCAGGAGUUUCUUGAUUCCUAUAUUUCCCCUUUUGCUGAUCCAUUGGAGCGUCGCAUUGCUGAUGCAGUUUACGCGGCUGAGGAUGUUAUCGAAUCCCAUAUUGUUGAUCAAAUUCACAGUGGAUCCACAAUCGUUGAAGAUCAUGACUUCUACCACAAUCUACAGAAAGUGAUAGAAGAAAUGGAUCUGAUCAACAAAGAGGUGAAGAAGAGCAAUGCAGUUGAAGCUCAGACCAAGCAGAAGCCCGUUGCUGCCUUGUCGGCGUCUUCUCCCACUGUGAAAGAGAACGUGAUCGUGGGCUCUGACGAAGUGUUUCUUGAAGUUUUGGAUAAGCUCACCAGUGAUCAACUCAACCGCCAGAUCAUCCCCAUCACGGGGAUGGGUGGCAUUGGUAAGACCACUCUUGCCAUGAAACUAUUUGAGAAUGCACUUGUUAAGGAUCGUUUUAACAUUCGUGCUUGGACUACAAUCUCUCAAACUUAUAAUGUUAGAGAAACACUUAGAGAAGUUCUUUUUCGAGCAAGUGGAGGAGAUUCAAGUAGUGAUCGGAGUGAGGAUGAACUGGGAAAAAAAUUAUACCAGUUUUUGUUCGGUAGGAGAUAUCUCGUAAUAAUGGAUGAUAUGUGGAGCAUAGAGGCGUGGGAGAAGAUAAAAUUUUUCUUUCCUGAUAACCAUAAUGGGAGUCGAAUAAUCGUAACAACUAGGCUGUCUGACUUGAGUUCUCAAUUGAACGAGUCUUGCAUAGUUGGCAUGAAAUUUCUAGAUGAGGCUAGUAGUUGGGAUUUAUUUGGUAUGACCGUGUUUGGGAAAGAAAGUUGUCCAAUUGAGUUGGAGAAGAUUGGAAAGAAUAUUGUAGCAAAUUGUAAAGGACUUCCUUUAUCAAUUGCUACAAUAGGAGGUCUUUUGGCUAAAUCUGAGCGCACAAAAGAAUGUUGGGAGCAUAUAGAGCAAAAUUUAAAUUCAAUUGUUAUUAACAGUAAUGAUGGAUUUUGCUUGAAAAUAUUGAGGAUGAGUUAUAUCUUUUUGCCGAACUAUUUAAAACCGUGCUUUUUGUACAUGGGUGUUUUUGAGGAAGAUUACCGUAUACGUGUGUCAAUGCUAGAGAAGUUAUGGGUUUCUGAAUGA